CCUGGGCGGGCGGGUAGGCUGGAGGGAGGUAACGUUUCCCAGUCUCUCCGUCGCUGGAGCGGGGAGGAGGCACCGGCGAGGUCGGAGGCAGCAUGGCGGGAGUUCCAGGCGAGCGCGGGCCGGGCCCCGCGGCGGGGGAGCAGCUGCAGCAGCAAAACGCCUCGUGCCAGGUCUUCCGCGAGCGGUCGGCCACGGGGAAGCCCCAGCAAGGGUUCUUCUCCAGCUUCUUCACCAAGAACCAGAAGUGCCAGCUCAUGCUGCUGACGACACUGGCGACAAAUCCUUAUGUCAAACUUCUACUUGAUGCUAUGAAGCACUCUGGUUGUGCCGUUAAGAAAGAAAGACACUUUUCUUGUGAAGAUUGUAAUGGAAAUGUCAGUGGAGGCUUUGAUGCUUCAUCAUCUCAGAUCGUUUUGUGCCAAAAUAAUAUCGGUAAUCAGGCCCAUAUGAGCAGAGUGGUCACCCACGAGCUCAUUCAUGCUUUUGAUCACUGUCGUGCUCACGUUGACUGGUUCACCAAUGUUAGACAUUUGGCCUGCUCAGAGAUUCGAGCUGCUAACCUCAGUGGAGACUGCUCACUUGUAAAUGAAAUGUUCAGGUUACAUUUUGGAUUAAAACAACACCAUCAGGUUUGUGUGCGAGACCGAGCCAUUCUUUCUAUCUUGGCUAUUAGGAAUAUCAACAAAGAAGAAGCUCAAAAGGCUGUUGAUGAAGUUUUUGAAUCUUGUUUCGAUGACCUUGAACCCUUUGGAAGGAUCCCGCAUAACAAGACUUAUGCAAGAUAUGCUCAUAGAGACUUUCAAAAUCGUGAUCGAUACUAUUCAAAUAUAUGAAGGACAAUGAUAUUUUAUAUUAUAGAACUUCAGUGAUCAUGAAGAAAUUAUGGUUUUUAAAUGGACAAACGUAUAAAAUAUAAAUGAUCAAUUAAAUGCAGAUAACACAAAGAAGGUGCUGAUUCUAGCAUAUGAUCAGAAAAAGUAACUGUGGCAAAAAAUGAAACUGCCUUAAACUCCAAGGCAAAAAUUAUUAUCUUUAUAACUAAUUAUAUGGUAAAUAUGGCAAAUAAACUGCAUUUUUGUGUUUUCUACAGUA